UUUGGAUGUAUCAUCUCUCGGGUUCUUCAUUCGUUUCUCAUAGCGUUUCCCCUCGUGGAUUUGGAGUGCGUUGGUCGGGAGGGAAGACUUCAAAACGCGCGACUCUGUGGUGCUCGUCAACGUUAUUUUUUUCUUCUCCCCUCUCUCGACUUAGCUCUGCUCACCAUUCUGGUCUCUCUCUCUCUCUCUCUUCGUUUGGCUCUGCGAAGGGGUCUCCAAUCCCGCGUCCAAGGAGGAGACUUUGAAUCUCUUCUCUUUUCUUUAUAUCUUGGAAAGGAGAGACAGAAGAAAGGGCAUCCAAGGAGGAAAGCAGGCACCUUUGACCCUUUCGGGAACUUUUUCUUUUGUCUGGGCUCGAAAGCAUCGAAUGGCGUAGCAAAGAAUAGCUGUUUUUUCGCUUUGGGUGCAGCAGCGAGCUCGUGUUCCUGAAUUUGGCAACUGGGAAACUGCUCGCACCGUCCCUUAUACACAAUAUUUUGAAAACGCCAGAAAGAAUAGAGGUGGAGGCAAGAUGAUCAAUCCAAAUGAUCCUGAGCAAAACCCAGAAGCUUAUGCUGAUGAUGUAUCACCAGUGCAAGCACCUAGAGCUGGGACUAAUCCUGGGGCCCCAAAAUCAAAGGAUGGACGACCCACAAGGAGGGAAGGUGGUGAUUUUCGACAAACUACUGAACCUCCUCUCCGUAAUGAAGCCAUGGGAAGAAAGCCUCCAGCAGAUCCACCUCAUCAGCGGUAUGGAGACCGAGGAAGCAAUGUUCAUUCACAUAGGAGGCCAGGCAGACUAAAUUCUGGAGAUCCAUCUUCCCUUCACCCCCACCAUCAGCCAAUAUCUGGAAGCAGAGGUGGAGCACAUGCUUCUUCAUUGGAAAGAAAGGUUUCAUCAGAAGGGCAUGGACCUGCUCCCGCCACUCCAGGAAGAUCCAGAAAGAAGCCGGGUGGGCAAGGCUAUGAAACACCGGAGAAAGAUUUGACUGUUCCAAGGUUUGGUGGAUGGGAUGAAAGCAAUCCUUCAUCAGGAGAUAAUUAUACUGGCAUCUUUAACAGACUAAGGGAGAAUCGAGCAUCUCCAGGUCCAAAUGCUGCUGAUGUGCCAUCACAUUCCAUGGGUCGCCAGAGAGACAGAAGUCCUGAAAACAAGAAAUGUUCAUGCAUGAGCUGGUUAGGAAAGUGAGAACAGAGCUACUAUCAAGUCUAUGAAGGUCUGGGCCUGUAAAUCAUCUCCAAAGAAGGCUGGUUUCAUGGAGAUCUUUUCCUUAAAACUGUAUUUUUUUCUGCUUGUGUGUCUUUCUUAUCCUUAUGAGUAUUUAUAUGCGAAUGAGUAGACCCUUUUUCUUGUACUCUAGUCCCUUGUACACAUUAAUAUUUUUCCAAUUAUAUUUGAAUCAUGAUGCAAGGAA